AUCUGCAGCACUUUGUAAACAAGUACACCGAGUUUGUGCGCAGCCUCUAAAUGUUGGGCCUGCAAUCCUACGCCAGCUCCUCCGAAGGGGACUCCGACCAUGAGGACGCUACCGCCACCGCUGCCGAUGGGGCAGCAGCAUCAGUUCCUGCUCAUUUGAUGCCCGUAGACAAGACACAUUCGGUGUCCUCUGCCAUAGCGAUAUGUGCAGCACCCGUUGUCGUGCCCAUUGGAGCGUCUGCAGUUCCGCGCACCUUGGAUCCAACACUCAAGGAGGUAACGUACAAUCCCCGCUACGACGAAAUGUACGCGCCUGUAAAGGGUCCCGACCAUCCGGACCUGACCAUGCAACAGCGAGCGCCAAGAAACACUCUGGCUGGAUACGUGGAAAAGGCGCACAUCAAUGCUUUUGAGUUUGAGAACCAGCGACGCACCUUUCACACGUACGGCUAUGCCCUGGAUCCGAGCGUGGACGAGACGGCCGAUGGGCAGACGUUUGUGGGCGACCUGCAGUCGGCAUAUGAUGACAAUGGCAAGACGGUUUUCGAGGCGCCCAAGGCAAAGAAAAUGCGCAAACAGGAGAAGAACGACAAGCCCGAUGAUAUCGAGGGUUUUCUGGGACCCUGGGGCAAGUACGAGAACGAGGUAAGUGUGGCCAAACCGAAUGAACAGGAACGGGCUGAGCUGGACGAGCUGCUGUCCAAGCGGCACAAACGCGGCCGCAUUCCCGAAGACAAGCCGCUCGAGGAGAAGGCGACACUGCACAUCAAGGAUGCCUACGACUACCAGGGACGCUCGUAUCUCCAUGCACCCCACGAUCUGGGUGUGAAUCUGCGUUCCAAUGCCCCGCCACCCAAGUGUUUCCUACCCAAGGCACACAUACACACCUGGACAGGUCACAACAAGGGCAUCUCCUCGAUACGCUGGUUCCCCAAGACGGCCCAUCUCCUGCUGUCCGGCUCUAUGGACUGUCGCGUCAAGUUGUGGGAGGUAUAUGGCGAGCGACGCUGCAUACGCACCUUCUCUGGUCAUCGGCAGGCUAUCAAGGACAUUGCGUGGAACAACAAGGGCUCACACUUUCUGUCCGCCUCAUACGAUCGCUACAUAAAGUUGUGGGAUGCGGAAACUGGCGAUGUUGUUUCUCGCUUCACCACCCGCAAGAUGCCAUUCUGUGUCAAGUUCCAUCCGGAUAACAGCAAGCAGCAUCUGUUUGUGGCCGGCACCUCCGACAAGAAGAUCAUUUGCUGGGACACACGCAGCGGGGAUAUUGUCCAAGAAUAUGACCGGCAUUUGGGCUCUGUCAGCACCAUUACCUUUGUGGAUGACAAUCGUCGAUUUGUGACCACCUCGGACGACAAAUCGAUGCGCAUUUGGGAGUGGGAUAUACCCGUGGACAUGAAGUACAUUGCGGACCCAACUAUGCAUUCCAUGCCGGCGGUUACCUUGGCACCAAACGGCAAAUGGAUGGCCUGCCAAUCGCUGGACAACAAAAUCGUAAUCUUUUCCGCUCUGAAUCGCUUUAAAAUGAACCGAAAGAAGACCUUCACCGGGCACAUGGUGUCGGGCUAUGCCUGCCAACUGGACUUUUCGCCGGACAUGAGCUACCUGGUGUCGGGCGAUGGCGAUGGGAAGUGCUACAUCUGGGACUGGAAGACAACGAAAAUGUACAAGAAAUGGCAGGCGCACGAUGGCGUCUGCAUCAGUGCUUUGUGGCAUCCGCACGAGGCCAGCAAAGUGGCGACUGCCGGCUGGGAUGGACAGAUCAAAUAUUGGGACUAAGGUUCGAACCAACAAAAUAAUUUGUAACUAGACAUAAGAACUGAUGUAUAAAUUGAUUGAUUAUAUUGCGCACCACCUCUUUAAAGAAACGUAGGACUCGAAAAA